GUCAGCGAAGAGGGGCGGGGAGGCCGACAGUGGAUAUAUCAGACACCGGGCAUCAGCACUGGGCAUAGGUGGGGCUGUGAGGCCGUGCCUUACGAUCUACGUACGGUUAGUGACCGCUGUCGCCUCUGUUUAUCCCUGUGACGCCGCCGCUCCUGCUCGGCCGGCUGAGAGGAUGCCAUUUCCUGUGGAUAUAUUGAACAACUGCACUCAUGAGGAUUUGGAGACCUCAGGACGGAGGUGUAUGGCUGAACUUUUGCGUGGGAAUCCAGACAGUCCUGAAUUCUUUCCCCUGCCAAACCAAACCCAAGUUCCUAUUAAACUGUCGUCUGUGGGCUUCGUUCCCCUUUAUGGCGAAGAUCAGUCAUACAAAGUUCUUGCUUUGUUUUCACCACAGGACUUCGUCACAGCUGCAGCCCUGUAUCUUGCUGACAAGUGGUGGUCAAUAGAUGAAAUUGUGAGAACAUCUGUCCCCACUAGACAAGGGAUUUGUCAGGUAAACUCUAUUGGAGAGAGGAUUGUCCUCUAUGUUCUCAAUCGGAUUAUCUAUCGAAAGCAAGAAAUAGAAGAAGAUGAGACUCCAUUUCUCUGUCAUACUAGCAAUGCCUAUGCUAAGAUUUUGUGGGAAGGAGGAGAAGCUGUUGGGUUCUAUUCUGUUAAACCUAAAGGAAGUACUUUUUAUGCUCCUCUUAAUGAGAAUUAUUAUGUGACAGUGCUAGACUCAUUCUUUGUAAGAAAGCAAUAUCGUGACAAAGGCUCUGGACUACUCAUGUUGAAAGACUUUGUGGAUUCAUUUAAUGAAAAAAGCCUUGGCGUACGAUACCCACUGUCGGCCUUCAUGUUCGGAGUUUGUAAGCAAUAUAUUAAGAAGUAUCCUGAGGAUUGUAACCGUUUGUGGGAAGUGGAAGGAGCAGGACGUUGGUAUCAGAGGAAAUCUAUUCACUAUCUGUUGAAAAAACAAGAAGUUAGUAUAACAGAAGCUUCAGAAGACAAAACUGGGAGUGGACAAGCAGUGGAUGAUUCUCAGCAGUCUGCAGCUGUAGCUGGAACCAGCAGACAGAAUGUCGAGCUAGAAGCAGCACAAAACACUGAUUCUCAAAAAGCUAAGCAAUCAGUAGCUCCCCAGGCAAGCACUUCUCAAGACCCUGUUGUAAGUCCAGCUGCCUCUUGGAUGCGAUUCAGUCAUUUCAAACGUGCCAGGACUGGAAAAACCCAGGAAUAUCCAUGUGAGACUUUCUACAGAGAUGAGGGAAGAAGUCUUCCUGGGUCAAAAAGCAGGCUGGAAUUUCGUGCUCCAGCCUUAGAGGCCAUAGAAGAAGUACCUGAGGAGAGCUCUUCUCUGGAGGAUGAGAAAAUGCUUGUUGCAAAUGAGAGUCAGUCUGUACCUGAAGCGGAGCCACCUGUACCAUCUUCUGAGAAAGGAAGUGAGAAGGAGGAAACUCCGUCAGAACCUUUUAAUGGUGAGGUGAUAGAGGACACUGGUAAGACCGUGCUUACAGAUGAAGUGGAAACAGCAAAUGAAGUUCUAAGUGGUGAAUCAAAAUUGCAACUUGAGAAUCCAGAAAAACCCUUGAUGCUGUUUUUACCAAAAAUCCUCGAGUCUAAGGCAAAACCUUCAGAAGACACUGUCUCAGAGAAGGUUUUAAACGCAAAUGAUUCGGAAGUGGUGACUGAAGAAGGUAAGUCAGUGGAGAAGGAGGGCACUGAAGAACAGCAAGAAUCCAAAAAGAGCACUACUGAAAGUGCAGCUGCUUUGGCGUCGAAGGAAGAGCUCUCUGACAAUGAUCUGCCCAAGUCUACGGGAAUUGAAGUAGAAGAAUCUGCUUCAGAAAACGUAUCACCCAAAACAGCUUCAUCAUUAGAAGACCAAAAUGAGGAAGCAGGGUACAACUCCCAGGAGCCCCCUGGUGCCUUAAGUCAGAGCUCUUUGACAAUGGUUGAAGUCGCGGGUGUUUCUUUUCAACAGCCUUCUGGACAGGAAGGGCAGAAGAACCAGUUGGAAGAGCACUCAGAGGAGUCUGCAGAGUACAUGGAUCAGUACACGCAGACAGCAAUGGAGAGGGCUGCUGACAGCAGCUCUGAGGAAGCGGAAAUUGAGGUACCCAUUGUGGAUCGGAGAAACUUGCGAAGAAAGGCCAAAGGCUACAAAGGUCCACCUAAGAAAAAAGGAAAGCCAUCUUAACAAUGCAAUACUGAUUGUUAAUUAAUCUAUUUAUAAGAAAGUUAUUUUGUGCAGAACACUAGUGUGUAAUUAAACCAUAUGGGAUACGGGACACGUGUUCAAACUUCUGGGUUGGACUUCCUCUUAGGGUUAACCACCUUUCUUCAGGUUUUCUUGAGGGGGCUUCUAUACAGAACACUUGACUUCUCUUCCAUUUUUAAAGCAAUCUUUACUAAGGAUUAAUCUGCUGAAUGCUUCACUUGAUAAUCAUACACCCACUUGCAGAAAGUUCUGGAUUCUUUGGCUUAUGAAAAGUGAGUCCAGUUAUUUCAAUUACUUCUAGGUGGAGUUUCGGUAUGUAUGGUUAUGGAUGUUAUUCCCUGUGAGACUGGAAAAAAGUGUUUGUGAGAAGGCAAUGUCAUUCAUUGGGCUUUUACUUUUCAUGGCUAAGUCGGAACUGAUUUCAGUCAGUAUCUUUUAAGAUAUUUGCAUACUGAGUCCAUAAAUAUGACAAGAUUAUUAGAUUAGAUUGCUCUUGAUGUCUACUGAGAACAGUCAGCUUUCUGAUCUCCUUUCAGGGAGUCAGGUUUAGAUACUGAACUUAAUUCACAUCUCUAAGUACAGCCUAGGGUAGACUGUAAAUCUAGGGUACCUGAGAUAGUAACUGGUGACAAGACUGUUACAUGCAGAAUACAGGCAGCUGGGGUGCAAUUGGCAAUUGUGAUAAGCAGUGCAGUCUUGAAAACUGGACAUUGUUCUAAUUUUGUUCACAGCAGUACUGAAGGGUGAUGUUUAUUUCUUUAAGGACUUUGGCAUCAGUCAUCUGGCAGUCAGCACAGAGUAGCAAAAAUCAAAAUACUGACUUCCAAUGAUAUUUUUUGUUCCUGUCUUGAGUGUCCCGUUGGAAUAGUCAGUACCUCUUGUUACAUUCAUGCAAGGCAACAUAGAUGACAACUGUAUUGGCUGAAGAGUUUUGCCUUGACAAAACCAUCGGGGUUUCAGGCUUGGACAGCUUUUUUGGGAGAGUCUCUUAUUACCACCAAACUCUUAAAAGGAUUUUUAAGCUCUUACUGCACCAGCAACCAAUGAUUGAAACAUCAACUUUAUACAAGUUUGUACCAAAUACUAUUACCACAGGCUGUGGCUAUACAUGCAUACAACGAAGGCAAGCAGUGUUAUUUUUGAGAUUCAUUUAGCCUAGGAAUAGAAUUUCAAGAACAUUAAUUUGUGACUUCAGUCUUGCACUCAAACGGCAGAUGGGUUUGUAUUUGAAUCCAGCAUUUGUUGCAAUGUAUGUCUUGUACUGCUUGUUAAUUACUACCAGGAGCUGCUUUGCUUCCCCUCCAUCCUGUUUUGGUCCAUUUCCAUUUCAUGCCAAACCCUUGUUUGCUGUUAUCAGUGUUUCAUAGCUCUCUACAUGAAGCUGUGUACAUGGCUUAUUUCAAAAGUGCUUUUAACUUAUUUGAAAAUCAUGUCUGACUUUGCUUUGUUGCUUUUCUCUGCCAUUUCAUUUGUAGAUGUCAGUAAUCAGACUAUCAUUUACAGUGUCAUCAAUGCUACUCAGUUAAAUAUAGCAACAAAUGAGCCUAUGUUUCAGCUUCUCUGCUUUAAGUGACCAUUCUAAAAUCUUACUACAAGGGGAUAUACUUAUAGAUUUUUUUUUCCACAAAUGUAGUGUUAGAUGUUUUAUAAACUAAUGAUACCCUGUUUAUAAAUGAGAUAUGUCUUGCUAUCCUAAAAUAUUGUACUUCAGUCUUGUUACUGUGUUAGGUUUCUCGGGGUUUUUUGGUACUGUCUUGGCUGCUUUCAAAAUGUUUUGAAGUAGUAAUUAAACUUCUAUUUUGUGAUUA